AUGGAUGCAGCAUUAGGGUCUCUUGUUGCUUGUAAGAAAUUAUCUUUAUCUACAAAUGCUAUAGAGAAAAUAGCUAAUCUUGCUAAUCUAAAGAAUUUAGAGAUAUUAUCCUUAGGACGUAAUGCAAUAAAAAAGAUAGGAGGACUAGAGGAAGUAGGGUCUACAUUAAGAGAAUUAUGGCUAUCUUAUAAUCAGAUAGAAAAGCUUGAUGGUCUACAGCCUUGUGUUAAAUUACAAGUAUUAUUUAUGUCUAAUAAUAAGGUCAAAUCUUUUGAGGAAAUUGAAAAAUUAGCAACUCUUCCUUGUUUAGUAAAUGUUCUCUUUAAAGGAAAUCCUGUCUAUGAGAGCUGCGCAUCAACUGUACAUAAACCCUAA